AUCAUCGGUUUAAGUCUGUUCAAGCUGAUGAAAUUGGUUGCAAGAGCGAAAUUAUGAUUAUUCAUAAUAACGUGUGAAUUGAUUAGGUAAAAAAAGAGCUUAUCAACUCAAAUUUUAAAAUGAGAAUCGUCAAUCACGGCCUUUGAGAAACCAUACACGGUAAAAUCAACAACAUACACAUGAUAAGUAUUUUCGAUUUGGAUACCGAGCUUGAUGCUAUGCCAUGAAUGCGAUAAGAGCGCUAUAGAUUAAUAUUGCUCGGAAUACACGAUAACACAUUUACGAAUUUAACAGAACAUUGCGUUAAUGUUAACUAUACAAUUUCGUCAAUAUUUGUUAAAAUUAAUAAAAAUGCGCACAAGUUCCAGAAACUUAAAUCUAACAUCAUGUUAAAAAUGAGGGAGAGUUAACGAUAAUAAUUAACGUCGAAAUGUUAUCGAAAUUACACAUUUGUAUAGUGGGCACCGGAGUACGAAAGGGAUAACAUAUCGAAUGACGAAGGUUCAGUGAGCGCAGACUACGCCCAUGCAAUCUCCCGCGACCGUCGUCCCACCGUCCCGCUCGCCUCCUCGCCACGGAGAACUACACGCGCGAGGCGUAUGCGCCGACCACGCCAACAGCCUCCACGUGCUGCCGAACGACACUCAGCCGCCCCAAAUUGUAGGUCGCCGCCGUCGAUUCGCGAGGAAGGGGAACGGAGGGCAGGCGAUAGCACGACGACGGUCGGGGACGGGAAAGGGUGAUGGAAAGAGAAGAGCAGAGGGGAGUCCGGAUCGUGCGCCCGUGCGUGUGCGCUACGACCGUGAUCGCUCGCUGCACGGCCAAGGAAGUAAACAUUGUACAGUACGAUUGGCCGGCCCCGAGGCGGCAGGUCUUUCGCUUUUCCUUCCUGUCCACUGUUUUUGAGAAGAGAAAGAAGAUUCUUUUUUCUUUUUUUUGAAGUGUUUACGCGAUUUUCGCUCACGAGUUUUGCUUCACUUCGAAUUAAUCUCUCGAUCGUUGGAUUGAAAUCCGGAUCCUUCUUUCGCCGAAUCUCCCGCCGUUAACUUUCGCCGCCGCUACCUCUCAUUUGGAUGUCGCUAAAGCGAGAAUCAGUGAUAACCAGCGCCCAGAGAGUGGAAUACGCCGAGGUGUAACGUGACGCAAACAGUCUCUCGUCAUCUUCGAUGUUGGGUUACUACCAGACAGAAUCAAUGCCGAAUCCAGCGAUGUCGAUGUCGAUGCCGAUACCCGGCGGUAUGGCCACCAGUCCGGAAACGAUGAAUCCGGUGAAGAGCCUGGUGUGCAGUCCGGAUCUCACGAUAUUCGCCGCGCCGAGGUGCAGCAGCGCGGAGACCGCGGAGGCCGUGGAUCCUGCUAGCCCGACGAUAGCGGUAGCGGGGAAGUAUCAGUGUAUGGUUUGUCAGAAGAGCUUCGCGCAGAAGAGCAUGUUCCAGAGUCAUCUGAGGUCACACGGUAAGGAGGGCGGAGAUCCCUACAGCUGCAACAUCUGCGGCAAGACGUUCGCCGUGCCGGCGCGGCUGACGCGUCACUUUCGCACCCACACCGGCGAGAAGCCGUAUGAGUGCGAGUACUGCAGCAAGUCGUUUUCGGUGAAGGAGAACCUCAGCGUGCAUCGGCGCAUCCACACGAAGGAACGGCCGUACAAAUGCAACAUUUGCGGACGCGCGUUUGAGCACAGCGGCAAACUACAUCGUCACAUGCGUAUCCACACCGGCGAACGGCCGCACAAGUGCACCGUGUGCGCCAAGACGUUCAUACAGAGCGGCCAGCUGGUGAUACACAUGCGUACGCAUACCGGCGAAAAACCGUACGUGUGCAAGUCGUGCAAGAAGGGCUUUACCUGUUCGAAGCAACUGAAGGUGCACACGCGCACCCACACCGGCGAGAAACCGUACACCUGCGACAUUUGCCGCAAGGCGUUCGGCUACAACCAUGUCCUCAAACUGCACCAGGUAUCACACUACGGCGAAAAGGUGUACAAGUGCACGAUCUGCAACGAGACCUUCGGCUCCAAGAAGACGAUGGAGCUGCACAUCAAGAAGCAUCCGGAAUCGCCGGCGUCCGUCACAACCGCCAUCACCGACAACAGUAUCUCCUCACCCGCGACGAUCGGCUUGCCGAUUGAGCCGGAUAUCGAGAUCUCCCAGGCCGGCGACGGAGGCGGCGGAGGAAGAAGUGACGGCGGCACCGGUCUUGGUCCAACCGUUGUACCGAUGAGUCCGAGUCUACCCGGUAUCGUUGCGGAUAAUAAGGAAGAUUUGAAGACUGAAGAGGCCUAUCCGGAUUCGACGACGAGCCCUUACGCCGUUCAGCGCGACUUUGCGUACUACCUGUAUUCCAACACUCGGGAGCAGCAGCAAUAUCCACAACCGAUGGUUGCACCGCCGUUGAACCCGACGGAACCAAUGCUGACUGAUAUCGACGAGAAGCGCUUCCAGGCGAGCGUAGUGGUGACGACGCCACUGGAACCGGCGGGCCAUCGCAUGUUCUUCUAUCCCGAGUCGGCGUAUAGCAGCUUAGGCCUGUCCGCUGGUGGCGGCGUAGACCUUGACGCCACCGACUGCUCGCCUCUGUUACAUCUGCCGGGUAACGAUGCGCGUCGCAAGGUCGAGGCCGCCUUGAAGGCUGUUGAAGAGGAGCGUCAGAGGCAAGAAUACGGCGGGAUCGUCAAAGUCGACCAAGAUCCUUUACUCACACCGCCGAACAGUAAUCCCGAGAGCCCGGUGUCAUCACCGGAGCUAGCGCUGGACCUGGCGAUUCCACCGCGGGAGACGCUCAUUCUGCCGCCCAGGAAACGCAGCAAGAUGAUCCUUCAGUCCAUGGAGAGCGAAUACAGGAGCAGGAAUGGCCUAAUGGCGGCCUCGCAGAGGCAGAGCUCUGUCAUUCAGUUCGCACGAACCUCAUAGUGAACACUCUGAAGCCUAUGAAGCUUUGAAGACCACGUGAUUUCAGGAACUGAACGAAAGUUUCUCCCGAAGCUAGUGACGUCAAAGUUGAGAGCUGUAAGAAAUUAUUCUUCGGUUAGCAAGUUUGUAAAAAAAAAAAUUCGGGAAACUUAGAAACUUACACGAAUCCCGCUGGUCUUCCGACGAUUUCAGUGAUAAUCGCAAAGCGCGCAAACAACAGACGAAUAAUUGAAACUGCAAUUCCGGGAGGCACGAUGGCUUCUUGUUAUUUCCGAGAUCGGACAGUAAAAAGGUGCCCAAACGUGCCUCUUCAGCGAAUCUUGAAUGUAACGCGAGUGUAUUGCAGCUCGUUGGCCGUCUUAUCUUUCCAUUCAUAAUCUGCAAAAAAAAAAAACUGCUCACGCUGAGUCAGUUGAAGUUGAAGCCGCUUUCGUUACUUAAUAAUAAUUAAUAAUAAUUAAUAAUAAUUAAUAAUAAUUAACGCAGUCGGUGAAUUGCGUGUAUUUUCCUAAUAGCUUACGAGCGACAACACUCGCGCCUACUUCUCAAUCUUGUUCGAUAGUCUCUCAGCUUUUAAGACUUUAAUAAUACAUGCAGGUCGGAUGCAUGUCGGAUGCAUAGUAAGAGGUAAAGAGAUAUUCUUCGAUGGCACAGAUCGCAUUGUGCUCGAUGAAGUAGUUGCGCGAACAUGAUACGCGCACGCAAAUCGCUCGACAACAAAGGAACGUAAUUCCGCAAAAUCAAAUUAUUUAAAAAAAUUGAGAUAAUUUUUUUUUUAAGUGGAAAUUAUUUACAAAUGCAAAGCUUUUCCUAUAAAAGUCGAAACAUAAUUUACGGCUACACCAAAUAUAUUUUUUUUAAAAGUUUAUUAAAUUUUAUGUAUAAUUUUAAUUCGUAUGUUAUAUUUAUA